CAGCAAUGUUGUAUUGUCUUCAUUCAUCCCUACCUUCAUUUCAUAUCGAAUCUUAGAAGCAGUGUAGUGCUGGCGCAUUCGGUUCUCUUUAUAUUCGAUUGUCUUCCUCCACCCUGAUUACAAUUCGAACUCGUACCCCACCAGAAGAAGACCAACACCUAAAAAUAAUCAUGGCCGCGAUGAUCUCCCCAGCACCGCCGGGCUCCUUUGCCAAGUACAGUUGGGUUAGGUUGCAAAACCUGCAAUCCUGCCCGGAGUUGAACGGGCGCAUCGGCCAAGUCUUCGACUACAAGUUCAACGAAGAAAAGCAGGUCGGACGUUUUGAGGUUUUUGUCCCCGAACUGGAUGGCGUUUCCGAGGCGGAGUUCUGUAAGGCAUUCGAGGUAGGUUACGGCGAAGAGGAUGUCCACGGUGAUGAACUGCGCCUGCUUACGUGUCAAUCUCCACUGCAUGACGGGCUCGCGACGAGAAUCUUUCCGGCGUUAACCGACGAAAAGUACCGCAAGAAGGUCCAGGCUCACAAACUCCUGAAGCCGGAGAACUUGAUCCCUUACGAGGGACAGCUGGUCACCGCGACGGUGGUGCACGGCAGCCGCCACCCCCCGUCCGGGAAGUGGGAAGAAGUCCAGCUGCCGUUGGAACACCCAAUUUUCUCAAUGUCUGCGGAAAUGGCAACCAAGGGCGGGAACUCCGGAGUUUUGAACCGCUUCGGAGUGCCGCUGAUGGUCGUCCGACUUCCGACGGACCGCACGAGCGAGGAUCGCGAGAUGUACCAGAACCAGGUUGCGACUUUUCUGAAGGUGCCCGUCCUUGUGAAAGAUGGUGACGGGUUAGGGUUUGCGCCGCUGCAUUGGCAAGACUUCGUCGGUCCAGUGGUCAUUUUUCGGCCAUGCUACCACGCCAAGAACGCCGGUCGUCCCGCGAGCGAGGCAGAAACGGUUGCAGGAACAGCAGCUCCGAAGCACUUCACGGAGCUAGACCUGGAGGUCGUCUGGGAAAUCCUGUACAACUAUGUGGAGGACUCGGAAAGCAUCAAGGAAAAGGACCUGACUCCUGCCAUUUUUGAGAAGAAGGUGAAAAACUAUCUCAGCGCAGCGGAUGAUUGGAACCGGAAGUCCAUGGCCAUUUUGAACGACGACCAAUCCAUCCCCAUCGAAAUCAGGGAGCAGCGGUUGCUCGAGCAUCAGAAGACGAUGCCGGGGCGGGGCCCGGGUGAAAGGUUCUUCCAGCAGAAUUUGGUGCCGACCACCGAGGGCGCGUUGGCGUGAGAAACCACACAAGAACGCGCUGACAGCGUCAGGAUUUCUUAAUUAAUACUCACCCCCACAGUUAUUUGCCCCCGAAGCUGUCAACUUGAGCCAUGAUGUCGGUCUGACGCUGACCGUAAAGAACUAGAUGACGAAAAGAUAAAGAAUUUAUAUACCCCUCGCAGUCGCAACCGCAUUUACAUUGGGUUUGCAUUUGAGCUGCUUGUUGCUUUUUCUAACCUACACCAACAAUUUUAGCACGAGAAAACUGCGCCCUGAAAUAAAAGACUAAAAUCAAAAUGCGAAAAACAUCCUUUAAAAAUUUUAUGUUUAUCUUCUUACUUUGAAACGUGAAGUCAAGAGAACACCUGAAAGAAUAAAACCCGAUGAAAAUGAUGCACGAACUAAUGGGUGAAUAAGAAAAGGAAGACAUCUACAACUCGUCCGCUCGAUUUUCUCUUCAUCCUCUCACUGCACGACCGGCCAUCUUGUUAAGUGAUGCUCUCGUCACUUUCGUCUUUCAGUAUCGUGGUGGAUAGUUUCUGG